AAAGGUUUGGAUUAUGUUGCUCAUGAAGAUAUUUUACCAUAUACAAGUACUGAAAAACUUCCCAUUCAUCAUGAACUCUUUGAUAAAUUUCUAGCUUAUGAUUCUGAAAAAGAUCCUCCAUUUAGUGCUCGAGAAACUUUAAGAGCAUGGCAGGAAAAAAAUCAUCCAUGGUUAGAACUAUCGGAUGUUCAUAAAGAGACCACAGAAAAUAUUCGGGUGACUGUGAUACCAUUUUAUAUGGGAAGAAGGAUUGCCCAAAACACAACUGUUUAUUGGUGGCGUUACUGCAUUAGACUGGAAAAUCUUGGGGAUUAUGUUGUUCAGUUAAGAGAAAGACAUUGGAGAAUUUUUAGUCUUUCUGGUUCUUUAGAAACUGUUAGAGGUAGAGGUGUAGUUGGUCAGUCGUGA